AUUGGCUGUGGGUUUCCUUUGAUGCUCGAUCUGAUAGGAAGAAAUGCAAAGUGUUAUUUCCGUUGUAUACAUUUGCCAAUUCAGUAGCUCCAAGCAGCUGACCAGGCUUAGGUGAGCCCACAGAAAUACCAACAACAAGAUAGAGCGAAGGAGUUUUCAAAGUCGUUCAUGCAUGCGGCCAGGUAAAGUUACCGCCUUUCUUCGUGAACAAUUACAGAGCAUUUUGAGGCGCACACUGAUCGCACCCUUAUGUGAGGCAUAGCCACGGAACAAUAGUUUUGAACGAAGGCUAGGCGGGAUAUAUACCGGAGAUGCGCAUAGAGGCUGUCUUAUAGCCAGCAUCACCAUAUAGAAGAGGAGAGACAGCGAGAGAGAAAAAUAUCAGUUGACUGCCCGAGUUUUGCCGUGAGCAAACUUUCUAGAUAUAUUGUACAACUGACAAAUAUCACAUCGUUUUCGCAACAUAGGCAACGGCUAUGGCGAAAGUUAAUAGGAAAGACUCUAUAAAGAAACAGCAAUACUAUGUGGAAUACCUCGGCUGGAAGGAGGCGAGAGGGAUCGCGGGGAGGGAAUACACAGAACCCAUCGUUCGAGAGUUGAUCAACAGAAGGAAGCAGCAGGAAAACCUACCUCGGCUUACGAUUCAGGUGAGCAGAAAAGAACUGAAAAUCACACAGGAGGUCGACAAACGAAAAGGGAAAAUCGAAAAAAUCAAGUACCCUCCCAUCCCGGCCCAGGAUGUGACAUACGUCUGUCAGGCACUGUCACCGGACAAGGAUGUAGUGGCGUGUAUAUUCCUAGGGUACCCGUACACAAAAUGUGCAGUCCACACUCACGUUUAUCGAUGUGACUCUGAAGACACAGCCGCCAUCUUUGUGGCCCACGUAAAUCAAUUAUUAGAAAUUCCGACGCAUCAACAUCGCAUCAGGAAAAUUGAAGCCGAUUUGGCAGCAAAAGGACAAAUUCAGUCGCGUUUUAUUGAAUCUGACGACCCCCCGACACAUCAUUCUGGUAGUUCCGGGGGGAGCCGGAGCCCCCCGUAUAGUGGGAGUGGCGAUAAUAUUGGAAUCUCCAGAGAAAGGGGUAGCUCAGGAAAACGUCCUCCGCCUAAUGAUAUUGCAAACGAUAUCACCCCAUAUGACUCUUUAGCCGCUGAAUUACACCAGAAAUUGAAUGCCAAAGAAGAGGCGCCUCUUCUUUUACCACCCAAGGACUACGAUACCGUAUGUCGGCGCCGAGGAAACCUCCUGGAUAUCGACUUGAGAAGGAGCAAACAGGAUAAUAUCGUCGGCGAUGCCGCCCCGCGGAAGGACAGUAAUGAUGGCGGCGUUGACAGCGGCCUUGGAAGCGAUUUACAUUCUCCCACAGGGGACUCUCUUCCCAAUCUUGAUUCCAGUCUUGACGACGAUGUCUUAAGGCCCAUUAUUCCCAGCUGGAAAAGAGCUUCUCAAAACUCCGAAGGUGCCCCUGCUAGCCUACAGAGAAUCUUCGACCAGAGGGCGAAUUACAACAGUGACUAUUCUGGCCCGUACGAAAGUAGGGAUUCAUAUGACCAGGGAGGCCGACCGCUCUCCCCCGGCCCGUACCACCAGAGUCACGAUUACAUGUAUGGGACAUACGUAUCCACCCGGAGCUCGGGAUCUGGAGGCCACACUCCCACGGAACCUGGAAACUACAUGAUAGGCGGAUACCACCGUCCCCUUAGCCGUAGCGCAUCUGGGAACUCUUGGGGUCCUAACGAUAGAAACUCGGGCGGUGAAAGCCCUCGCUAUGUCCAUGCGGCCCCUCAACAUGUUCGCGGUCAGUCCUUGGAUGAGGGUUACAACACCGUCUCUGACACCGCUCCCUUCUAUGAUGACCACCAUCGUGUACCAACAAAAAGUCAUGGACUCAGAAAUUCGGGAUCGGAGGACUUAAAAUUUGCCCGUGGUCGAUCGGCAAGUCCUGAAGAUCCUUUGGCGAGAACGAUGCCAGAGUCAAACUUCCGCGGAGGACAUUACCGGCAUGAGUUCUCACCUCAAAAUCAUCGGAGAUCACAAACGGUCGAGACGAGGAAUUCAAGAGGAUAUUACAAUUAAAAAUUGGAUAUCCUUUUCAGAUAAAUUUAUAAAUAUUCAGUCUUUUGAAACACCUAAGACUCAGACCUAUGUUUUCUGUGAGGCUGUUUAUUUAUUCCCAAUUUAUAUGCCAUAUCUUCGAUGACUGUAUAUAAAGCAGAUGAGACCCAUUGGGUACCUGUACAUAGAAAGCUAACCUUCCUAUUUAUUACUGGACAUCCCUCAGUUUCUACUGAAAAACUACUCGUGGAAAGAGUGCAAUUUAAUCCUUGAAUGACAAACUGUAUUGUAUUCAAUGAAGUAUGAAGGUGCGGAGGUAUACACUACGUUGCAUAAUUUGUCCACAAGAAAUCCAUAUUUUGUAUAACUAACUUAUUAGAUGCAUAUGUAUGUAAAGAAAUGUAUGUAAGAUUAUGAACUCGAUAAGGUACAGGGAGUUUCAAGAUUGUGUAUUGUAAACAUUCAUGAGUACGGACUGUUUGUCUUUAUCGAGACACUGAGUUUAAGAUACACAUGUUAUUCAAAUAUUGUUAUCCAUCGUUACAGAGGAGGGGUGUGUUAGCAUCUUCUUAAACUUGAUAUUGAGGAAUGUGGUAGCACUUUGACUUGUCUUCCAACGCUCUGUUCACAGUGCGUCUCUGAUGCAAAAAUUAAUCAAUUAUGUAGAAUGAUAAAACAGGAGUGCUAUCAAUACUUCAAUAUUCCAAUAGGCUGAUUAUUGUAGGACGUGACUGACUACGAUUAUUUAUCAUAGGGACCAUUUUGUAAGGUUACACAAUUAAUUAAUUACAGAUCCCUUAACGAAUAUCGACUGCUUCUAACCGCAGGCCACUUUUAAAAGGCACUAAUGAGGAUGUCUGACCCUAAAGUUUGUACGACCAACUUUGUCAGAUAUUUUUAGGCAAUUAAAAAAGUAGUCUACCUUAAACCAACAUGCCCGACCUUUGUUUUCAGUGUAAAAACCAAGAUCACAAUUGACCAAUUAGGCUGUAACUUAUGUGGUCUUACAAAACGACAGGUAUUUAUUGGGAAGUUGACGAGAUAUUUAGGGUUUAUAAUAGCUUAAAUAUUUUGUUUGCAUUUUAGGUGACAUUUAAAUUUAUCAGUGUCGACUGAAAUUAUAUUGUAAACAACCCGACACGCGACCAAUUUUUUCUGACAUUGACCCCUUUUGUUAAAUGAUAUUUAAAGUAUGUGACAGAAACAACUGGAUAAAAGGCUUUAACUCAGCUUGUUGGCAAGAUGUUUAUCAUACAAAACAACUGUUAUAUUAAUGAAAUUGUUUAUCUUCUGUUGAUUUUUGUCUUAUAUUAUUUAAACCCGAACAAAAAUAAAUUCUAUAUUCCUAACUCAAUGCA